AUGGCAGAAAAUACACGCCUCUGUGACGUCACACAGCAGAUCCAAGAUCUGCAACAAUCCCGCCAAGCGGUGCAGGAACAACUCUCCAAUUUGGAGCUCGCUCAGGAUCGUCGUUUCACGACAAUGGAGCUGUCACAUAAUCAACGUAUGGAUACACUACAAAAACAUAUGCAGGACGUCCUCACCAUUCUCCAUUCCUCACCAUCUUUCACAGAUCCACACACUGGAGUUCUCGGCUCUGGUCCGUCCCACUCCGGCUCCAACAACACACAUGAGCCUAACCGUCAACGCCAAAUGAAACUGGAUUUUCCCCGAUUUGCUGGAGGUGAACCUACUGAUUGGAUAUUUGCGGUAGAACGCUAUUUUCGUUUCUACAAUGUACCUCCCCAUGAGCGCCUUCUGGUGGUUUCGUUCAACCUAGAUCCACCUGCGUCUUCUUGGUUUCAAUCCUUAGAUCAAGAUGGUUUACUUCCUGAUUGGAACACCUUCGUCACUGCCUUACAUAGGCGUUUUGGCCCGACGCAGUUUGAAGACCCUUCCGUGCUGUCCAGGAAAAUUACUGGGUUGUCAGUCACGGUCAAGAAGGGACUUUUCUUAGCCGGAUUAAAAUCCACAAUCCGUUGCUCCGUACUGGUUCACAGACCCCAAGAUGUUCACGAUGCUCUUGCUUAUGCUAAAGUUUAUGAGGAGAAGCUAGGUACUGAGAGUAUUCCACCCAAACAUGGUCCACUAAAAACCUGGACCCCACGCACCACUUCAUUUACCAAUCAAUCGUCCAACCAGCCUUCUCCACCGACUCAUACUUUUCCCUCAUUACCACCUAUUAAACAACCUACACCUAUAUCCUCAUUACCUAUCUGCCACUUGUCCCUGGCCGAACGUCAAGCCAGGAGGGAGAAAAACCUUUGCUAUAAUUGCGACGAACAAUUCACCGCUGGCCAUCGGUGUAAAGGGAGGGCCACCCUUCUAUACCUCGACGGAUCAGAGGACGCCACAGACAGUGUUCCACCUGAUGAAGAUCCUCCCCCAGAGCCGGAGUUAAUCCCAGAGAUAAGCCUUAACGCUUUAUUUGGUCAUAGAACUUCCAAUUCGUUCCGACUGACAGGGUCCAUCUCUAGUACAACUGUUCAAAUCUUAAUUGAUGGAGGUAGUACCCAUAAUUUCAUAACUCCUAGAAUGGCCUCUUAUCUAAAUCUGGUUAUGCAUGCCAUUUCCCCUUUUAAUGUGCAUGUUGGUAAUGGUGAUAUCCUUACUUGUUCCGCAUCUUGUUCUGACAUUGUUUUAAAUAUGCAAUCCAAUUCUUUUGUGGUUGACCUAUUUGUUCUGGACUUUAAGGGCGCGGAUAUCGUUUUGGGUGUACAGUGGUUAGCUACACUUGGCCCCAUUAUUACGGACUAUGUUGAGUUAACUAUGGCCUUCACACAUUCUGGCAAUCACAUAUUGUUAAAAGGAAACCAACUCAUUGGACCCACCCUUGUGACAUCGGCACAGUUACACAAGAUGAUCUCCCAUGACUCCAUUUCUUCUUGUCUCAAGUGCCUAUCCUCCACACUGACUACUCCUUCCACAACCCAAACUCACCCCACCAUAUUAACUACCCCACCUCCCUUAUCCACAAUACUACAAGAGUUUUCUGAUGUUUUCGCUGUACCCACUACACUCCCACCAGACCGCAACCUUAACCACCAUAUUUCCCUUGCCCCCGACGCUAAACCAGUCCAAGUCCGACCAUACCGCUACCCACACUACCAGAAAAAUGAAAUUGAAAAACUGAUUUCUGAGAUGUUAGCAGCAGGGUUAAUUCGCAACAGCCAAUCAGAAUAUAGCUCACCAGUUCUCCUAGUUAAAAAAAUAAGACGGUACAUGGAGGUUUUGUGUGGAUUACAGGGCCUUAAAUGCUAUCACUAUUAA